AAAGUGGAUGCAGAGGCGAGCACAGAUGGGGCUAGGGGGCACUCUGUUUUCAGAGAAAGUAGUUGAGAGUGCUGGCAACAGCAGCUGAAAUACAAAGAAGUUGUAGGAUUAACUUUUUCGCCCAAAGCAGCUUCAGCCCACGUUUCAUUCCCAUUAAGGGAGGGAGAAUGGGUGCCGCUGAGUGGGCGGGGAAGUAGUCUCUGAAAGGAGGUGGAGCGCUACAGCCCCUCCCCGUUGGCUCUUGCUGUUUGUAUACUGUUGGUUUAUACUAAUUUGACAACAGCCGGCUAUUGAGUCGCCUCUUGAUCGCAGCUGAAGGAUCUGUUGAGGGCUUCAGGAAAGGCGGUGAGAUCCGGUACCGCAGCAGAGCACUCUCGGCUCUGGGUCUCGCAGGCGCAGGACUCCCCCAUGCCAGCAGAGCGAUUUCCUCUAGUGAAGAAGACCGUCGAAUCUGUCCUCCUCAAGGCAGCUCUUGUACAGAAUUUAUUCGAAUGCCAUGGCCAAGGUCUUCCUUGAAAAAUGUUGACCGAUGUGUGCCUUUUGUCUUUUGUCAUCCUUUCUUUAGGAUAGGCGACAUUGACCCACGGUGAAGAUCUCUGGAGACCAUGGCUAAGAAAAGAAUUGCUGUGAUUGGGGGAGGAGUGAGCGGGCUCUCUUCCAUCAAGUGCUGCGUAGAAGAAGGCCUGGAACCUGUCUGCUUUGAAAGGACUGAUGACAUCGGAGGGCUCUGGAGGUUCCAGGAAAAUCCUGAAGAAGGAAGAGCCAGUAUUUACAAAUCAGUGAUCAUCAAUACUUCUAAAGAGAUGAUGUGCUUCAGUGACUAUCCAAUCCCAGAUCAUUAUCCUAACUUCAUGCAUAAUGCCCAGGUCCUGGAGUAUUUCAGGAUGUAUGCCAAAGAAUUUGACCUUCUAAAGUAUAUUCGAUUUAAGACCACUGUGUGCAGUGUGAAGAAGCAGCCUGAUUUUUCAACUUCAGGCCAAUGGGAAGUGGUCACUGAGUCUGAAGGGAAAAAGGAGAUGAAUGUCUUUGAUGGAGUCAUGGUUUGCACUGGCCAUCACACCGAUGCUCAUCUACCUCUGGAAAGCUUCCCUGGAAUUGAGAAGUUCAAAGGGCAGUACUUCCACAGUCGAGACUAUAAGAACCCAGAGGGAUUCACUGGAAAGAGAGUCCUUAUAAUUGGCAUUGGGAAUUCUGGAGGGGAUCUGGCUGUAGAGAUUAGCCACACAGCCAAGCAGGUUUUCCUCAGCACCAGGAGAGGGGCAUGGAUCCUGAAUCGUGUAGGGAACUAUGGAUAUCCUUUUGAUGUGGUGUUCUCUUCUCGACUUACAUAUUUUCUAUGGAAGAUCUGUGGCCAAUCAUUAGCAAACAAAUAUAUGGAAAAAAAGAUGAACCAAAGAUUUGACCAUGAAAUGUUUGGCCUGAAGCCUAAACACAGAGCUCUGAGUCAGCAUCCAACCGUAAAUGAUGACCUGCCAAAUCGUAUCAUUUCUGGCUUGGUGAAAGUGAAAGGAAAUGUGAAGGAAUUCACAGAGACAGCUGCCAUAUUUGAGGAUGGCUCCAGGGAGGAUGACAUUGAUGCUGUUAUCUUUGCCACAGGCUAUAGCUUUGCCUUUCCGUUUCUGGAAGAUUCCGUCAAAGUGGUCAAAAACAAGAUAUCCUUGUAUAAAAGGGUCUUCCCUCCUAACCUGGAAAGGCCAACUCUUGCAAUCAUAGGCUUGAUUCAGCCCUUAGGAGCCAUUAUGCCCAUUUCAGAGCUCCAAGGACGCUGGGCCACUCAGGUAUUUAAAGGGCUAAAGACAUUGCCCUCACAGAGUGAAAUGAUGGCAGAAAUAUCUAAAACUCAAGAGAAAAUUGAAAAAAGGUAUGUGGAGAGCCAACGCCAUACCAUUCAGGGAGACUACAUAGAUACCAUGGAAGACCUUGCUGAUUUGGUGGGGGUCAGGCCCAAUCUGCUGUCUCUGGCCUUCACUGACCCCAAGCUGGCAUUACACUUAUUCCUGGGACCCUGCACUCCAAUCCACUAUCGCCUACAGGGCCCUGGAAAGUGGGAUGGGGCUCGAAAAGCUAUCCUCACCACAGAUGAUCGCAUCAGGAAGCCUCUGACGACAAGAGCAGUUGAAAGGAGUAGUUCUAUGACUUCAACAAUGACAAUGGGCAGGUUUAUGCUAGCUCUUGCCUUCUUUGCUAUAAUUAUAGCUUAUUUCUAGUUGUCCUAUUGUCACUGCCCUGUUUUUCAUUGGGCAGCUUAUCUACAGAUGCCUUCAGAAUCUGACAAGAUUGACUCUCAGUUUCAUAUUGCCCAGAAAUCUACUUUAAUGUCUCUUUCAAAAGCAUUAAUUCACUUUCCUUUUUCCUACAAUGAAACCUGUUUUUCAUCUGUAGUAACUCAUGAUCCAUCACUCUUCCUUGUGGUAAUCCCCAGACUGUGAGCUCAGGUACUCUUUUAGUCAUCUUUGUAUGUCUUUAACACAGUUCUUGACAUGUGGUAGAUGCUUCAUAAAUGUUUGUUGUUUAUCAAAUUUUAUGGUGGGGAGAGUAAGUCAGCAUCUGUGUAAAAUCACUUACUCCACGUAAUUCUUCUUCUGAUAGGAUUUGAUUUUCUAUUAGAAGCUUAAUUUUUGUUUUUUUUUUCAUAUUAUAACUAAAUGUUUCCUAAGAGAUAAGAGAAAUAAUGUUCUUACAAUAGUUGUAUGUAUCCAAGAUAAGACAUAGAUGCUUAAGACGUUUUGUUUCACUUGCUGUUCAUUAGUGUACUUGAUACAUGGUCAUUUUUAGCCCUUUUCCUUAGGGACCAUGUCUUUAUUUUCUCAAUAAAGAAAUUACUUUCAACUUUGUAGGCUCACAGUCAUUCAGAUAAUCUACCAUCUGCCAAUGAGAUCAACUUGGUUGAGAAUUUUGGGAUUUUAAAUUAGCUGUCCUACCUUCUUAAAUCUCUUUGUUCCCAUAUUAGGAUCCAACACAACUUUAUCUUAGGAAAUAUGAUAAGUAGCUUCCAACUGUUGUAGUGUGGUCUACAAAUGUGAUUUGAUUCAUCUUCCCCCACUCUAAUUUUCUCCCCUUUUCUCCUCCCUUACAUGGAGUCUAAGUAAUAAGUAUUUGAACAAGUCAUUUAUGUAUUAAAUUAGAAUUGAUAUUAACUAAAUGUAUGAACAUUCUGCUUAUACCAGUUUUUCUCAUGUCAUAAAGUGUAGUUCUGAGAAACAGAGCAAAUGAAAUGCAAAGCAGGGACUUAGGUUUACAUCCUAGUGCCACUGAUGAUUCUGUUUUCUCAUCUGUGGAAGUUUCACUGUCCUUGUUUCAUGGAGAAAUUAACUAAGUGUCAGCUGUCAGGCACACUGAACUCAGGUGAUAUUCAUAAAUAGCUCUUGUACAAUAUGUUUGUAUUUGGAUUGCUGCUUAUUACUUAACAACAGGAUAAAUCUGAACAAUGGAAAAGAACAACAUUAGAGAUUAUUGUCUUUCCAAAUACAAACACAUGUAAGAGAACCAGAAAUGUGAGAACUACAACGUCUUCUUGUUUAAGCAUUUGGACAAUUGCCUACCCUUUCACCGAAUUUACCUGUGGAAUGCCUUUUGAGAGUUAGAACUGAGAAUUGGUAUUACUUUUCAGGUCUUUUGCUUUCCGUAAUCCUUGUGAUACUGGAGAUUUAUCAUCUAUUAAAAUGGACCUAGUAUUUUUAAAUCUGCAGAUCAAAA